AUGUUUCGAAUCAACGUUUAUUACGUCUUCGCCAUCAUCGUCAUCGCUUGCGGCAGUAUUCCAAAAGGUUACGAUGAAGGUGGUUUCAGCGCCUCAGUGGGCCUGAAAUCUUUCAAGAACGACUACGACUUGAACCCUGCCAAAUGGGAGAAUGAUGCUCAAGGGCUCGCGAAUCGGAAGGCCAAUAUCUCAUCGUUCGGCGUGCUCGGUGCAGCAUUUGGCGCGUUGUUUUGCAAUGCACUGACCGAUAGACUUGGCCGGUUGCGGUGUUGGCAGAUGUUCAUCACCAUUUGGGGCUGUGGUCUGAUGAUGCAGGUCUUUUCGUCUGGCAUCUACGGCUUCAUCCUGUUUGCCCGGCUGUUCAGUGGCUUCGGUGCCGGAGGUUUGACUGUCGUUGCACCGCUGUAUCUCUCUGAGAUCGCCCCAGCCAAGAGUCGAGGCAUGGUUGUUAGUAUCUACAUGGUCAUUUUACUUUCCACGUUGACCCUGGGAUUCUUCAUCAACUACGCUGCGAAUGCCAGAGUGGCCGCGACACCGAUUCAAUACCGACUGGUGCAAGCGAUCCCACUGAUCCCAUGCGGCCUGGCGUUCAUCGCAUCGUUCUUCCUGACAGACACGCCGCGAUGGCUUGCAUCAGAAGACCGAACGGAAGAAGCCUUGCAGGUCCUGUCGAAACUCCGCGGCGGGCCGUCCAAGAACGACACUCCUGAAAUCCGACAGGAAUACUCCGAGAUCCUAAACCAAUGUCAGACGAAGGAGCAGCAGCUCAAGGGCUCUUCCUUCUGGGAUAUUGCUAGGGACAUCGCAUCAAACCCGUCGUUUCGGGAACGCUUCUUCCUCGGUGCGAUCAUGCAGACUAUUGCACAGUGGUCUGGCGGUAAUGGUAUCACGUAUUAUAUCCCACAGAUCUUCGAAUACGCGGGCGUCAAAGGCUCCAACACCUCGCUCAUCACGUCUGGCGCGUACGGAGUCGUCAAACUUGUGUUCACGAUGGUGUUCACAUGGGGCCUGGUGGACAAGAUCGGACGGCGACGGUGCAUGCUGACGGGACUGUUCCUGCAGUGCAUCACACACAUUUACAUGGCCGUGUACAUGGCCGUGUGGAAGGGGAGCGACAACAAGAGCGCGUCGGACGCCGCGAUCGCGUCCGUCUUUAUCUACGCCGCAGGCUGGUCCAUCGGUCUCUGCACCGUCCAGUACCUGUACAGCACCGAGAUCUACCCGACGCGGAUCCGCAGCGUGUGCUACGCCACCAACAUGUCGCUACAUUGGUUCUUCCAGUUCGCCGUCGUCCGUGUCACGCCCAACAUGUUCGUCAGCUUGCACAUUUACGGCGCGUAUAUCUUCUGGGCUCUGGUUUGUGCGUUUGGUUUUGUCAUCUUGGGCCUCUGGGCCCCUGAGACCAAAGGGAUCCCGAUGGAGCAGAUGGAGGAGCUGUUUUCCGGGAGAUGGUGGAUGGGCUGGGGCGCCCGACAGAGGCUCGAUAAGAAAUACCCUACUGGUCACGAUGAGAAAAUCCUGGCCGCAGGGGUAAAAGGCGCUGAUGUCGUCGAGGUGGAAAAGGCCUGA